AUGGAUUCACAACGCAAAGAACUUGAUGAUAAGGUUAAAUCCGUCCAUUAUAAGCUCUCCACUGAGCGUACGAUGUUAGAUAGCGCCCAGAAGAUGAGAAACGCUCACAUGGGUAACGCUAUGGCGAGGUCUCUCGUGGAGACACAGAUCAGGGAAGCCCAGCGCAACGUCACUUUCUUCGAGGAUACCCUUAGGGAUUUGGUAGAGCGCAGGAAGAGACUGCUCGAACGCGAACUACCAAAAGUCCCAGGCGACGGCGAUCAGCCUCCUAGCCAGCCCAUAGAAAGGGAGUCUUCCAAGCGUGUCGGUAAGACCCAGAUUUCAAACUUUGAACUCACGAAAGAGGACUGUCCAUACACACCCGCAAAGGUCAGCUUGAUGCUCCACCAAUUAGACUACAAGCUCGCUCGUGAACAACAUUACAAAGCGGGCAUAGAGAAAAUGGCUCAACUCUACUCUGCAGAAGGCGACAAACGGUCGCGUUCAGAAACACAACUUAAGAAAAUCGAAUCUGACGCUAAGAUGGCUAUUCUCAGACAGGCCCUCCGUCGUUACCAAAAUUUAUACGUCGCGCCCGUCUCCGAAGAUUCCGGUGCAGUUGAUGAACCUGCAAAGGUAGAUGGUCUUCGCAAGCCACUUUCAGGUACACUCAAGAUUCAAAUCAAGUCAGCCCGUGAUUUGAAUCAUAAGUUGAUCUCAAAUCAGAGUUCACGUCAUCAUCGUCAACCUGCGCUUGAAACUUUAAUUCUUAUCAAAGUUGGUGAAGACACCUCUCCUGUAAAGACUAGAGCUUCUAGAUCAACUGGCCAUAAUCAAUGGAACGAGUCUUUUGAAGUCCCUGUUGACAAGAUCAAUGAAGUCGAAAUAGCAAUUCACGAACGUCAAGCAGGUGCAAGUGAUUCAGGUGUACCGAUCGGUUUAAUGUGGAUCAAAGUAUCCGAUCUUGUUGAAGAACUUCGUAGAAAGAAAGCUGACGCUGAAGCAUCUGCUUUACUUGAGCGUAUGAACCAACAAGGCAGCGUAGAUAGACCUGGUCAACAACUGGAUAGCUUAUCAUCUGUUGAUGGUCCUAAUGACCUCUCACCAAAAUCUCAGUUUGAUCCUACUCAAUCAAUUACAAAAGCUUCACCUAGACUCGAUGAUGAUGGUGUUGAAGGUUGGUUCUCAAUUCAACCAGCUGGCGCAAUCGCUCUCAAACUCAACUUUGUUAAGCAAAACGUUCGUAAACGUCCUGCAGAGAACAAUGGUUUGGGUAGACAAGGUGCUGUUCGUAAACGUAAGGGUCAAGUACAUGAAAUGAACGGACAUGCAUUCGUACAAAAACAAUUUAUUACCAACGUCAUUAAAUGCGCUUAUUGUGAAGAUUUCGUACUUGAUGGUAGAGUUUAUAGAUGUGACGAUUGUCGUUAUACCUGUCAUCGUAGUUGUUAUGAGAAAGUCGUCACAAAAUGUGUUUCAAAACAAGAUUCCGGUGAAAAGGAUGAAGAUAAAGUUAAGCACAGAAUCCCACACAGAUUAGCACCAAUCAGUUCAUUGACUCCUAAUUGGUGUUGUCACUGUGGUGAAAUUAUCAACCCAUUAUCAAAGAAAGCAAGAAAAUGUUCAGAUUGUCCAGUAACGUGUCACGCUGAAUGUGCGCAUCUUUUACCAGAUUUCUGUGGUAUGUCCAUGGUUACUGCUAAUAGCUUGUUACGUCAAAUGCAAGCAAUUGGUGCGGCAAAGAAGCAACCAACUCAAAAACCACAACCAAUACCUUCAAAGACACCAUCAAUCGAAAAAAUUGAUGAUGCUGAAAAGACAACAGAAGAGAUUGAAAAAGGUGCUCAAAAGAUGGAUAUCACUUCACCACAAUUACCAGUUACACAACCCCAAGUACCAUCAAGGCAACAGCAACAACAACCACAAGCUAAGCCACAACGAGUUGAGGUUCCUAGACCAUACCCACCACCUUCACAACAACCUCAAGCUCAAGUACCUUCACCAACGCCAUAUAGCAGACAACACCCAGGUCAACCAUAUAGGGCACCUCCACCACAAUUCCAAAAGCAACAACAAGUUACACCUAAAGCUCCACAAGUAGCUCCUGCCGUGCAACGUAAAGUUGGUUUAGACAACUUCAACUUUAUCGCUGUUAUUGGUAAAGGUAACUUUGGUAAAGUUAUGCUUGCAGAAGAGAAGCGUAGUUCAUCAUUAUUUGCUAUUAAAGUUUUAAAGAAAGAAUUCAUUAUUGAAAAUGAUGAAGUUGAAUCAACCAGAUCAGAAAAGAGAGUUUUCUUAUCAGCAGCUAAGCAAAGACAUCCAUUCUUAUUAGGAUUGCAUAGUUGUUUCCAAACUGAAACUAGAAUUUACUUCGUUAUGGAAUACGUUUCAGGUGGUGAUUUAAUGUUACAUAUUCAAAGACAACAAUUUACACCAAGACAAGCAAAAUUCUACGCAUCUGAAGUUUUAUUAGCAUUAGAAUAUUUCCAUCAAGAGGGUAUAGUUUACAGAGAUUUGAAGUUGGAUAACAUUCUUCUCACACUUGAUGGUCACGUUAAAGUUGCUGAUUAUGGUUUAUGUAAAGAAAAUAUGUUCUUCGGAAAUACAACUUCAACGUUCUGCGGUACACCAGAAUUUAUGGCUCCAGAGAUAUUAUUAGAACAAAGAUAUGGUAGAGCAGUUGAUUGGUGGGCAUUUGGUGUCUUGAUUUAUGAAAUGUUAUUAGGACAAUCACCAUUUAGAGGUGAUGAUGAAGAUGAAAUCUUCGAUGCAAUCCUUGAAGAUGAACCACUUUACCCAAUUCAUAUGCCAAGAGAUAGCGUCAGUUUACUUCAAAGAUUAUUGACUAGAGACCCAACCAAGAGAUUAGGUGCUGGUGAAUCAGAUGCUGAAGAGAUUAAAUCACAUGCAUACUUCCGUGAUGUCAACUUUGAUGACGUUCUCAACAAGCGUAUUCCACCACCUUUCAGACCAUCUAUUGGAUCUGCAACUGAUAUCAGCAAUUUCGAUACUGAAUUUACCAGAGAACAACCAACACUCACGCCUGUUCAAGGUCAACUCACAGAAUCUGAUCAAGCUGAAUUCGCAGGUUUCUCAUGGAUAGCACCAUGGGCUGAGUAA